UUCGGGAUACCGUUGUGAACGCACCUGUGUAUCGUUCGAGUCAACAUGGCCGCCGAAACUUACGGACAUCGUGUAUUGUAUUCUGAAAAGGACAUGUUUCCAACUGAUGUCAUGUUGGAAUAUUCUACGGAAGAAUGUUACUUGCCCUGGCCGAGGUCACCCGACUCGGGCCGGUCGAGCUUGGAGCCGACGCCGUCCAUGGAUGGAAGCAACCAGGAGUCACCGACUCACAUCGCGUACAGAGGAUUACCGAGCGAUCUAGGCUUAGAAGACAGUUCAGAGGAUUUGGACCUGGAAGGUUCUGGAAAGAGACGUGGCCGAGCGACCAGUCAGGCUGUUUUAAGACGACGUCGCCUCGCAGCGAACGCCAGGGAAAGAAGACGUAUGCAGAAUUUGAAUAAAGCCUUCGACAGACUGCGCGGUCAUCUGCCGUCUCUCGGAGCUGAUCGCCAGCUCUCCAAGUACGAGACACUCCAAAUGGCCCAGACAUACAUCGCUGCGUUAUACGAACUAUUGCAAUAGUAUCGCGGUAUGUUCAGUGAUGUUAAUUAGAUGAGUUAUUUAUUGAACAAUAAUAUCAGUUGCCGAAAGAGAUUCGUAAGUUAGGAGUAUUGCC